UGUGCCGCAUUUAGAGGAGUCUCGCGCUGCAUUGCAUGACCACAAUAUAAACAUACUUUUUGCACAACACAAUUCCAGUUCGCCAGCUCAAGUUGCACUCAAAAUCUUCCGCAUCAAUUCGCGCUGCAAAAGAUGCUGACCAAUGGCAACUGCAGCAAGAGCGGCAGCCUCAGUUCGCUGGAUGCGUUGCCCAAACAGUUUGUGCUGUCCAUGAAGAAGCUGUUUGAUAUUCUGGAUGACAAGCAUAGCGGCUAUGUGCGAUACACGGACAUUGAGAAGGGCUGGCAGGACGAUGGCUCUAAGGGUCUGCCCCAGGGAGUGCUGGACUCACUGCGUCGGGUUACGCCGCCCAGUGGCCUGUUAUCCUUCGAACGAUUCUGUGCAGGUCUUAAGCUCUGCCUGCUGCGCAACCAGCAACAAACACAGACGCUGACGCCGAGCCAUGAAAAGUUGAGCAAGCCGCCGCGUCCGCCGUCGGCGCCACAGCUCUUGGGUCUGGGCAUAGACACAAGUGCUCCCACGGCCAAGGUACGUCCACGUUCGCAGUUAACACUGAGCACACCUCCGUCAUUGAGUCCUGAACUGGAGCAUGAUGACGACUAUGACACGCCAGCGCCGCCUCCGAAACCACCACGUCAAGCAGCAGCUGCUCCGCCGCUGGCCAAGGCGGACAUACGCAGCGCCUUGCAGAACUGGCAGCUGAGUCUUAUGCACAGCGAGCGGGCAGCGGACACCUGUGCCAAGCAAAAGAGUUUGAAGACUGCACGCGAGCAAUUCGAGCAUCGCGGCUCCGCCGAUGGCGGCUCCUCCUCGGCAACGUCGGCAACGGAUUAUGCACUGGGCGGCUUGAGUCUGGCCCUGCCUCCCAAAAAGUCCAGCAGCAAAAGACGCGAAUCGCGCAGACACACAUUGCAGCAUGGCAUAGACUACAACAUGCUGAAGCGACUGAAGCACCUGGAGGAGCAGCGAGAGCUUCUCCUGUUUGGCCUAGAUGGCGUAGAGAAAGCCCGUGACUUUUACAUGCAGCAGGUGCUCAACGUGCAGGAGCAGAUCAAGUAUUUCGGACGCCUGGGCACACAGUUUGAUCAAUGGUCGGAGCUGCAGCAGGAACGAUUAAAUUACCAGCGUAGUCGCGUUCUCGAAGCAAAUCGCAGUUUGGCAAUAUUGACAGAAACCUGGGAGCACGGUGGCUAUCCACUGCAUAUUAAUCUGGCUUUGCCACGCAAGCCGUUGCAGCACUUCAACUACAAGGAUUAUGCGUCCACUGAGGCCGAUCUCCUGGCUUGCGAGAAACAGGCGCUCAUGUCGGAACUCUACGAGCAGCAGCAGCAACAACAGUUUCACAAUUUACGUGGACUAUCGGACUUUGUGCUCAGUCAGCCAUCACCUGUGAGCCAAUCCUCGGCUGGCCUGGGCGAUGCGGACGUCGUCUACUGAGCGGGAAUAACAAUUAUAUUUUGUAAAUAUUUUAUUAAAUGGCUCAACAAUGCUA